AUGAACGCAGAGAUCUACCGCACUCUCGCUGCCAUUCGCGAAGAGCCCCAGAUCGUCAUCGAUGUGGUAGAUCGCUUCGACACAGCUCUUCUCACUUGCACUGACGGCUGGACCCGUGGCGAGAACAUGGUUAUACUUCCUGAUAACCUCCCCACCCUCUUCGGAAACGGGGUUGUCGAGCUCUUCAAGAAGGCACUGGCCGAGAAGGCAGGACUGCCGAUCGAUCUCACUCCUAUGGAGAGCGCCAAUAGCUCACACACUCUUGUAAAGAUGCCAAAAAACACCGGACACUCACCUCAAGUGCAAUUCAACGAUCUGUCUGUACAGACACCGGGUUCUGACCGUACUGCGAUCGACAUAGCCACCCUUACUGCUGCCUUCAAGAAGGCUCCUCGACCGAUGAACUGCUGGAUCAUCUUUCGAGAUGCGAUGCACAAGCAGCUGAAGGCUCAGUUUCCGAAUCUCACUGUUCAGGAGAUCUCUACACGCUGCUCCGAAAUUUGGCGCAGCCUGACCCCAGAAGGCAAAAAGCCCUGGCAGGCUGCUGCACAGUCGGCGAAAGAAGAGCACCUCCGCCAGCACCCCGACUACAAGUACACUCCCAGGAAACCUGGCGAGAAAAAGAAACGUCAGUCGCGCAAAUCUAAGCGUGCAUCAGCGGCUGCAACUGUUCCGGAGGUUCUCAAUUUCCAACUCACCCCCAACAUUCCGUCGACAUCGCCUAGCUCGACCUAUGAACCUGCGCUUCCCGUCGAGGACAUCGCUGCCGAUGUUGGCAACGCCUUCACUGACGACCUUGCUCAGCUCUUCGAGCCGGCAAACGUAUUUGAUAUGUUCGCCCAAGACUCAACAUCUGCGGACUUCACCUACGACUCAGAGUCUUUCCGUCACGGUCGCCUUGACGAGGAGUUCGGCAUGGAUUUCGACAUGAACGCAAAUUUUGCGCUGCUUGAUGAUGAGGCUUUUGCCUUCCGCGACGGCGCAGACGGCAAUGCCAUUCUGCCUGCCUUCUUCCAGGACACCUACUAG